AUGGCUGUGUUUCAGGUACAGCCAGAUUGCAGCAGUGAAUGGCCAGAUCCACAGAGACCAAGUAAAGACUUCUGUGAUUUCAUACAUGGCAAUAUACAAGUCUUCUAUCCUAUAAACCUCCUAAUCGAUCGAAAGGAACUCCAACGUUUACGACAUAUAAAACAAAUGGGUGUUUGUAAUUAUGUUUAUCAUUCAGCCACGAAUGAUAGAUUUGGACAUUCAAUGGGAGCUUAUCAUCUAGCUUAUCUGUUUGCUACUACUCUCAAGGCUAACUAUGGGAAGAACUUGAAUAUAACAAGUCAGGAUAUUCUAUGUGUCAGCAUCGGAGGACUCUAUCAUGACACCGGUCAUGGAGCAUUCUCUCAUCUCUUUGAGGAAGUUUUCCCAGGAAGAUCGCACGAAGAUAUAUCGGUUGAGAUUGUUCACAGAGUUUUCAACGUGGAUUACAUUCGUGAAGCUUUCACCCCAUAUUUCGGAGAAGGAGAGCAGUAUGAAAGGAACGUGACGUUCAUUGCAGAACUGAUUGAACCCCCUAAAAAACUUUUUGACGACCAAGGUAAUUGGCUUAUGAAGGGACGAACAGCCGACAAGGGGUUCUUGUAUGAAAUCGUUUCGAAUCCGUUAACUGGAUUAGAUGUGGAUAAGUUUGAUUACAUAUUGAGAGAUUCAGCUACCUGUGGCUGUAGUAUUGCCUUCAGUCUGGUUGAUGUCAAUAGAAUCAGAGGAAACCUCCAAGUCUUUGCUGAUGAAGAACAUCCAGGGCAUAAUCGCUUGUGUUAUAACAAGAAGAUUGUGGAGUCAAUCAGAAUGGUUGGUGAAUCACGCCAAACUCUUCACAGCAAGAUAUACAGACACAAGACUGUUACCAUCGUAAACGAGAUGAUGGUUCGUGUGAUCAAGAAAGCCGGAAACUUCAAGGUUCUUGAUAAGCAACUCAAGAAUGUGAAAGAAAGCCUGGAGGCUUAUCUUCGAUUGGAUGAUUCUAUCAUCAAUGAAAUUCAUCGUUCGACCGAUGAGGAGUUCAAAGAGUGCCGGGAGCUAUUAGAUAAACUGGAACGUCGACUAUUUCCCAAGUUCCUCGUUUCAUACAACAUAUCCCCAGCAACUGUUACCAAAAUGGAAAGGUUACACUGUGUUGGGCCAAAUGCGCCUCGUAAACUGAAGACGUGGAUUGAAUCUCAAUUGCCUGCAGGGGCAAUUGUUCUUGAAAGAGAUAUCAACAGAGGCGACAGGUCCCAAAACCCUCUUAAGAAGGUUUUCUUCUACGAUACUAGAAACAAAAAUUUGAAACCAUAUAAGCUUACUGAUGAAGAGGUUCUGCUGAACAACCCCAUUUAUGGAGCUUACCAUGACUUCUGUGUCUACGCAGAUUAUGACGUUCAAGAGGAACAGCAAAACGCCAUUCGAGCCAAGUUCAUGGAGAUCGAACAGGAAAUCAAGGCACUCGGUACCUCUGACUAA